GAUCAUGACCUGAGCCGAAGGCAGCGGCCUAACCCACUGAGCCACCCAGGCGCCCAUUAAAUUAUCUUUUGUGCUUGCCCAAGGCCUGGUAGGGAUGUGUGAAGAGGUCCCUGUUCUUAGAGUAGGGGGUGUGUGUUGUGGGGGAGGGGCAACAAUGAUAAACAAGAGAAGGAUCCAUUCCAAUGUGGUGUGAAAAGUACAUUGAAAGAAAGAAAUAGAGGAAGAGGGCCUGGUCUAGCCUGGAGUAGGGGUCAGGGGAGCUUCCCAGGAACUUGCUGGCGGAAGGGGCUGGAGUGCCCACCAGACAAGAAGGCUGUUUGUGAUACAGGAGUCACUUGGGGUCUGGGAGGGGACACCCCCUGGUGGAAGGCAGAGUCUUCAGGGGAACCCCCAGAGGGAGGCCAGGGGUCCUCCCAGUGUGCAAAGAGAGCACAGAGGUGCUCCAGGUUUCCUGGGCUCUGACUCUCCUGGGAGGCCUGGAGGAAGGAGAGGCUGGGGAAAGUCAGCUGCACUGAAAGAUCCAGACAGAAAGUGGGUGCAGAGUGAAGGUCAGAAUCCUGAACAAAGUCCCCAGAAGGCUGCCUGGAGAAGUGGCUGCUGAGAAGGGCACUAAAGAUGCCUCUGAUGGGGGGGCGGGGUGGGAGCAGGUGGUAGAGGCCUCUCUCUAAAUUUAGGGGCAGAACAAGCAGGAAUGAGAAGGGACCAGAGCUGGGGAAGCAGGGUGAGGGGAGCUGGGCCUGUGUCUCCUCUGUCGUCCACCUCCUCCCUGCCACCUCUGCGUCAAGGGACUGUAUGCUGCUCUGAAGGGAAACCAGCAGGGUCCCAGGACUUGGGAAGGGACAGGGGUAGGGCAGCUGUGAAGGGAAGAGCCGGAGGAAGGGAAGGCAGUGGAGGAAGGCGGGCGGCCCUUCUGAGAGGAAGAGGGGAAAGUGGCAGGUCAGGGAAGACUGAGGGCCCAGCUCUGGAGAGAUUGUGGAGGGGACAUUUAGGCCAACACAGGAUCACAUUGCACUGGUGACCUUUCCAUUUGCUGCGGGAACAGAAAUCCUUGAAGGGAACUGUAUAGGAGGUCUGCCUGAGCCUGGAACGGCGUCAGGAGGAUCAGGGCUGAGCCAGUAUCACAAGCCAGAGCCAGGAUGGCAGGACCUGCUUGCAGCACACACACACACACACACAGGCGCGCGCCCACGCUCAUUGCAGUCUGUCCAAUGGGCUGCUCACCUUGGCAGGGCUCCCGGGGGUCCUCUGGGGAGAAAGAAGGCUUGGUGCCCAGAGAAGGGAUGGGAGCGUCAGAAGGAGGUGGUUUGGGGUGGAUCCCUUUUAGGUGCUGUUUUAAAGUUCCUGGGUCUGGUGGAGGGGGGCGGGGAAAGCUUGGAGUACAGGGCGUGGCAUGAGGUUGGGGUUGCAUAUUUCUGGUAGAUCCAUGGGUUUCCAUGGAUCUUCCCAGGACCUGGGGCUAGAAGGAGGGAGGCUGUGGGAACUGUAGCUCAAGGGAUCCACUGCCUUCGCUGAGGCAAAGGCUGCCGGAGCCCUAAGCCCUGAGUGCGGGAAGCCUGCUUAUGAAUGUUUGAAAAUGCAUCUGUGCGUACCUGCGGGGGAAUUGGGACGUCGCCGGCUCUAGAGAUCUGUUCCGUUCUACAAGCUGUUUUUGAGUGCUUGCUGUGUACAGGAGGGGGCCCCAAGGCCGGGCCAGGAAGUGCUGUCUACUGACUGACCACCAGAUGUUGUGGCCCAGGCAGUGGUAACGUGGUAACGGUGAAGGAUGCCGCAGGUCCUGGAGCGUGCAGAGGGCUGCUGGGCCUGGGUGGUGCUGCUGGCCUCCCUGGUGACCCAGGGCCUCACUCUGGGCUUCCCCACAUGCACUGGCAUCUUCUUCACUGAACUACAGCAUGAGUUCCAGGCCAGCAACAGUGAGACCUCAUGGUUCCCCUCCAUCCUGACAGCCAUGCUCCACGCUGGGGGACCCCUGUGCAGCAUCCUGGUGGGACGCUUUGGCUGCCGAGUGACGGUGAUGCUGGGGGGCGCACUGGCCAGCCUGGGCAUGGUAGCAGGCUCCUUCUGCCGCACCCUUAGCCAGCUCUACCUCACAGCAGGAUUCAUCACAGGCCUGGGCAUGUGCUUCAGCUUCCAGUCGAGCAUCACCGUGCUGGGCUUCUACUUCCACCACCACCGGGCUCUGGCCAACGCUCUGGCUUCGGUGGGCGUCUCCCUGGGCAUCACGCUCUGGCCACUGCUCUCCCGCUACCUCCUGGAGGACCUGGGCUGGAGGGGCACCUUCCUUGUCUUCGGCGGCGUUUUUCUCCACUGCUGCGUCUGUGGGGCCAUCCUGAGGCCCGUGGCCCCCAGCGUGGCCCCUGAGACCACAGAAGCGCCCCCCCCACCUUCCAAGACUCCUGCUCCCGGCUACCUGGCAGCGUGUGGUCGGGCCAUCCAGCGCCACCUGGCCUUUGAUAUCCUGCGGCACAACGCGGGCUACCGAGUGUACACGCUGGGCGUUAUGUGGAUGAUCCUGGGCUUCCCGCUGCCGCACGUCUUCCUGGUGCCGUACGCCAUGUGGCACGGGGUGGACGAACACAGGGCGGCCCUGCUGAUCUCCAUCAUUGGCUUUAGCAACAUCUUCCUGCGGCCCAUGGCCGGGCUGGUGGCGGGCCGGCGCGACUUCGCGGGCCACCGGAAGUACCUGUUCAGCCUGGCAGCCCUGCUCAACGGCCUCACCAACCUGGUGUGCGCCGCGUCGGCCGACUUCCGGGUGUUGGUGGGCUACUGCUUGCUGUACAGCGUGUCCAUGAGCGGCGUCGGAGCCCUCAUCUUCCAGGUCCUCAUGGACAUCGUCCCCAUGGAUCGGUUCUCUAGCGCCCUGGGCCUCUUCACCGUCCUGGAGAGCGUCUCCAUCCUCAUCUCCCCGCCCCUGGCUGGGCUCCUCCUGGACACCACCGACAACAACUUUAGCUACGUUUUCUACAUGUCAAGCUUCUUCCUUAUAUCAGCUGCCCUCUUCAUGGGUGGCAGCUUCUGUGCCCUGCAGAAGAAGGAGAGGCCAGGCAAGCCGGCCGAGGCAGAAGGAGCCAUCACGGAGGUGCCCUCAGAGCAGGGCCUCAUGGUGGAGGACUCACGUGGUUCCAAGAAGCAGCUGUACACCGAGGUCAUGUAUGUGACCAGCGUCUGAGCCCUGAGGUCCAUGAGUGACCACUGCUGCAGCCCAGGAAUGUGAUGUCCAGCUGCCAGGGGCUGGGGUGAGGGGCUGCCCAGGAAGCCCGAAGCCAGAAGCCGCCCUAGGCUCUGCACACUGGGACUCAGCCAGGAGCUGGGACCCUGGAGGCUGGCCUCCAAUGACUCAGAGCUCCUUCCAACCAGCAGAUCCAGGAGCAGGUCCUCCUGACUUUUUCUCUGGGGCACCAGCAUACCUGGAGCCUAGGAAAGUGAGUCUAAACCCUGCUUGGGUCUGUCACAGCCGGCUCAGCCCAGUGGGCUGCCCAGUACUGUUGCUGCCACCUGACACACUGGACCCUGCAGUCUAGCCUGGAUGUCUCCGAUGUGAUCUCUUUGUCCUUCUUCGGCCUCCAGACAGUUCCAGAGAGUUCACUCCUCCUCCAAGGCUCUCUGCUCCCUUUCUUCCCAAGGGCCUGGGCACAGGUUGUUGGGCCUCAUGCUGACUGGAACCUUGGGAAGAAGAACCCCCUGAAAGAAUGAGCUGGGACCAGCAGUGGUGGACAGCCAGGCUGAGGGGUUGGCAUGGACACAGGACACGGACAGAUUAACGGUUGGGGAGAGGACCCAACCUGGUGUCUGGGCGAAGGACUGGAGGGCAGCCCUUGGCAUGGGUCCUAGAAUCACUGAAGUCUGAGGGGUCCCCUGCACUCAGCUGUGCCUGCUGUAAGGUCUCCCUCCCUCCUGUGCCCCUGCCUUGUAUCUUGGUCAUAAAGCUGCGUGGUGGCGUGGGGGAAAGCCUGACAUUUGAGUGAGCAGGGGAGCAGAAGAAUUGCUAGGCAGGGCAGGAGACCUCUGGGAAAAUGGAGCUGUUUUGCAACAGAAGUCUUCUCUCCCUCUCUUGCCCUCCUCUCCCUACUGUGUCAGAGGUGUCCACCCUAGGGUAAGUAGCUGGCUGGGCCAGCUGCCAAUCCACCUCCACUCCCCAGGGGGCUUCUGCCUGUGGUGUGGAGGUCAGUGCUCCCCACACACAUACUCUUUUUUUCUGGCAAGGUUCCUGAGGUCAUCACUUGGGGGCUGGCUGUCAUCAGCCCAAGCUUGUCCCAGCAGGGUACCACCUGAGGCAAUGGAAACACAGAGUUUGUUUGAAUAACAGACAAAAAUCGUUCCUGCAGCAGGUUAUAAACCCCGUGAACUAAUGAAGCUCGAAAACAGGCCUUGAGUACUCCCUUCCCUCCCCCUUUAGUUCUCCCUGCUCAGCAGGCUCUGCUGUGACCCAAGGCCUUGUUUGUUGAUUCAGGCUCAACCAGGCUCCAACAAGAAAGCCUUAUCAGGAAAAUAAAAUUUUAUUUGCUUGACCUGA